AUGAUUAGAACUCUGCCGAAUGUUCUUAGCAAGGAAUUGGACAGACGCAUACCUGUUUCUGAUGAAAGUUGCCCCGGAUGUGGCGUCAGCGUAAGCUGCGCCGGCGGAAGCUGUCCACCACCACCAAGCUGCCCUAGCACAAGCUGCGGUCCAGUCAUCGUACCACCGCCACCACCUCCGCCACCAAUACCACCGAUUGUUUUCCCAGCCCCGCCGCCGAUCGUCCUCCCGCCUGUACCUCCACUGCCUCCAGUCCCGCCAAUUUUCAUCCCGGCACCGCCAGCUCCGGUUGUAAUGCCGCCACCACCACCUCCCCCGCCACCACCAACACAAGUGCAUCUCCCACCUCCACCACCGCCUCCUCCGCCACCGCCGAACGUCGUUAUCUCACAACCACCGCCACCACCACCUCCACCACCACCACCGCGUCCGCGAUGUACACCCGGUCUGCUAAUAACCGGCAGCUGCGGUGUUCGCGGUGGCUGCCCAGGCGGCGUAUGCGGCUGUGCUGGAGGAAGCUGCUAG